GAGUAGGGAAAACAUUUCUUGGAAAGCGGAUGUAAAGGGUUGUAGGCUUUUUCAACAGUAUUUUAAGAACCGGUAAUUCAAAUGUGGUUCGUUUCCAGAACUUGAAACAGCUCACCAAUCCUCGUAAAAGAAUAGGAAGAAAGAAACCGAAUGAAACAUCUUAUUUACUAUUUGGAAUGUUUCCAAUAAUAAACCCUAGUUCCAUUAUAACUCCACCUCAAUUCUCAUAUCCUCAUCCAAACACAACCUCUAUUCGCUGCACUGCUGCCGCCGUUGACCCCAUUGUCUUCCCCCGGCGCCGGCAGAGCCAAAUGUGAGUACCGGAAAAAGAUAAGAAAAUUAAUGGGUGGGGAAGGCGGAACAGAGAGAGUUACUUGGCUGAUGAUGCUGAAUCUCUUCCACUUCCUAUGACUUAUCCUCACACUUGUCCUGUUUUCCCUGACGAGAUUGAUCGCCGCCUUCGUUGUGAUCCCCAAAUACAGGAUUGCAAGGAAGUCGUCUAUGAGUGGACUGGGAAAUGCCGGAGUUGCCAAGGAACAGGAUUUGUAAGUUACUACAACAAACGAGGGAAGGAGACCAUUUGUAAAUGCAUACCUUGCCUUGGAAUUGGUUAUGUGCAGAAGAUAACAGCACACAAGGAUAUCGAUGUUAUGGAGGACUUGGAUAAUGGAAGACCACCUUGACAGAAGUAAAUCAUCUGAUGCACUUUUUGUCUAACCUUAGCAGACAUUGAUGAUAGUUUUGAAGAGGCUUGUUUACUACGGAAUCCUAGUAUUCUUUAAGGUCCAACACAGUUGCCAGACCGACAUAAUUUCUGGAGUCAGAUAAAAGAGAGACCCCCCACCCCCCAUACUCUAUUCAUAAUGCGAGCAAGAAAUUCUUUAAAAUCAAGGCCAGCAUUCUGGGCAGAAUGAUGAUUACAUUCCUAGUUCUAUAAGCAAAUGAUAUUAUUUCACUUCUUUCCUUGAUUAUUUUGAUUAUUUCAUAUUCUUAUAGAUUGACUCCGACCUCUUGGUUAUUAAUAAACCAUUGAUGAAUGAAAUCUGGUCUUAUCCUUCUUCCUUGAAACAGCAGAACGACUUCCUCCCUUUUUGGCCUGACCAUUCUACUGUAUUCUAGUGUAUCACAUUCUUCUUGCUCGUUGAUAAUUUUAAAUGGUAAUGAAAAAGUGUGUGUUUACUGUAAG